AUAAAUAACUUGCAUCCUAAUAACUCGCUACUAAAUGUAGUAUAUAUUACUUAUGGAAUAAGUUAUAAAGGAAUUGGUGUAUUAUUACAUAAUUAGUGCCUCUAUAAUUCUAAUUUCUAACCAAAUACGAUUAUAAUAGAUCAAUUUCCACAAACAAAUCAUUAAACAAAAAAUAGGAUAUAAAAUAAAUCUCAUUUGACCAAUUAAACCUAGCAAAUUAUGCCGUCCCAGUCUGCAAGCCGUCUCUUAAAUUCAAACAAACAAAUUAAUAAAGACUUAUUCAUUAAAAUAAUUAAUGUUCUGUGACCUGCCAAUUCCCCAUCCCCUUAAAUUUAUUUAUACUAUACUCAUUUCUUUAUGCUUUUCUCAUUACUUUAUAUUAGUAUAUAAUAUACUUUCAUUAUUACAACAUCCUUCAUGAUUUCAUCCACCUUCUCAUCAUCAUUUUCCCCUCAAAUUCUCUUUUCCAUCAUCAUACUUCAUUACACUGUUUGAUUUUUACUUCUUUUUUUUUCCAAUCAUGUUUUGGUAUUUGAUUGCAAUAAUUGCUUCAGGUUUGUUUCUGAAGAUUCUGUUGAAAACUUCUUUACUGCAAAUUGUGAAAAAAUGGUGGAGGUUUUUGGAGGAUGGUUGUUAUGUCUAUCAGUUCUACAGGGUACCGCAAUUCAAUCACAACAUGCAGGAAAAUCAAUUGUAUCGAAAAGUUUGUACUUAUCUGAAUUCGCUCCCCUGUGUUGAAGAUUCUGAUUUCACCAACCUAAUCUCCGGCGAUAAGUCCAAUGAAAUUAGCCUCGUUUUGGAUUCAAAUCAGAUUGUUGUUGACAAAUUCCUCAGCGCUAGAGUUUUCUGGAUCAAUGAAAAGAAUGAAUUUACUGGUUUGAAAUCGCUUGUUAUGAAGAUUAGGAAAAAGGAUAAGCGUCGAAUUCUACAGCCUUACCUUCAGUAUAUACACUCUGUGUUCGAUGAAAUUGAGCAGAGGAAAAAGGAGGUGAGAUUAUUCGUCAAUGUAGAUAAUGAACCUCAGAGAAACGGACGGUGGAGAUCAGUGCCGUUCACACAUCCAGCAACUUUUGAUACGGUAGUGAUGGACACGGAUCUCAAAAACAAGGUGAAAUCCGAUUUGGAAUCGUUUCAAAAAUCAAAACAGUACUAUCACCGACUCGGCAAAGUUUGGAAACGGAGUUAUCUCCUCUACGGACCUUCCGGCACCGGCAAAUCAACGUUCAUCGCCGGAAUAGCAAAUUUGCUGAACUACGACGUGUACGACGUCGAUUUAUCUAAAGUCACUGACGAUUCGGAUCUGAAAAUGCUUCUGUUACAAACAACGAGCAAGACGCUAAUUGUUAUCGAAGAUCUCGAUAGUUAUCUUGGGACCAAAUCAACAGCUCCAAGUUUAUCUGGAAUCCUCAACUUUAUGGAUGGAAUAUUCUCGUGUUGUGGGGAAGAGCGAAUCAUGAUAUUCACCAUCAACAACAAAGAUCAAAUUGAUCCGACGGUCCUCCGUCCAGGAAGAAUCGACGUUCACAUACACUUUCCUUUAUGUAAUUUCAACUCUUUCAAAACCCUAGCGAAUAGCCAUUUGGGUUUAAAAGAUCACAAGCUUUUCCCACAGGUAGAGGAGAUUUUUCAAACCGGGGCGGCUCUCAGCCCGGCUGAAAUCGGCGAAAUUAUGAUAUCGAACCGGAGCUCACCGACUCGGGCAUUGAAAACAGUCAUUUCAGCUCUGCAAAUCAACACCGAGUCGAGGGCGGCGACUCGGCAUGCACGGCGGUUGAGCGAGAGCGGGUCGGUUCGAACCGCGGAGGAAACGGGUGAGUCGGGUAUUUUUUGCAGAGAAAAUCUCAGAGAGUUCAAGAAGCUAUAUGGACUUUUACGAGUUAGGAGUUGUAGAAAAGAUUCAUCCUAUGAAUUUGGUACGUCGGAUAAGGAUAAUUCAAGGCAUGAUAAUUAACAUUAACAUAUGUUUGUUUGGGCAUAAAUAAUCACCCUGACCUGCAUAAUCAUUAGUUUAUUUUAGCUUAAUUUCAAAGUUGAUAUUUUUUUAGUUGAUUUAACAUAUAGAUUGUAGCUAGAAUUCAUUAUCUUAUAUUGAUUAAUAUAUUAUUGAUCAAAGUUA